AUGACGUCGUCAUCACCAAGAUGUUUCUGUAAGGACAAAGUGAAAGGAAAAUUUGUCGAUCUCGAUAUAGCACCGUCUCUCGAAUUACAAAAAAUCGUUGAAACACUUAGUGCUCCUGGAAAAGGUUUAUUAGCUAGUGACGAAUCACCUACGAGUUUAAACGAUAGAUUUGCAGAAAUUGGAAUAGAAAAUACAGAAAAUACCCGACGAGAUUAUCGACAGAUGUUAUUCUCUGCUAAUAAGUGCGAAUUAAUGAAAUACAUAAGCGGUGUUAUCUUACAUAAUGAAACACUUUAUCAAAAAACAACCGAUGGCGUCAAUUUCGCCGAGUUUCUUCAACAGAGAAAUAUCGUACCAGGUAUUAAAGUUGACAAAGGUCUGAUUAACCUUUCUGGUACAGAAAAUGAGUCGAUGACAGAAGGCUUGGAUAAUUUAAAGGAAAAAUGUAUGCAAUACAAACGAGAAGGUUGUCACUUUACCAAGUGGAGAUGCGUUUAUUCAAUUUCAGAGACGAAACCGAGUCAAUUGCUUAUGUCGAUAAAUGCGAGCACGCUUGCAAGGUAUGCAACUAUAUGUCAAAGUGCUCGUUUGGUACCAAUAGUGGAACCAGAAAUAUUAUCUGUUGGAGAACAUAACAUAGAAAAAGCUUUACAAAUUCAUGAAGAAGUAUUGUCCAUUGUGUUUAGAGCUUUAAACGAACACAGAGUUUAUCUGGAAGGUAUGAUUCUUAAGCCUGCAAUGGUAUUACCGGGUGUUAGAAGUCCAAACUACACGCCGCAAAUCGUAGCUGAUUACACUUUGAAAGCGUUACAAAGGACGGUGCCUCCGGCCGUACCAACGAUUUUAUUUUUAAGCGGUGGACAAACCGACGAAGAUGCGAUAUUAAAUUUGAACGCGAUAAAUACGUCUGAAGGAAAAAAACCAUGGACUUUGAGUUUCUGUUAUGGUCGCUGCUUACAAAACGAAGCUAUGAAAAUUUGGAAAGGAAAUGCAGCGAACGUAGAAGCAGCUCAAUCAGUAUUUCUGAAAAAAGCUAAGUUAUGCUCCGAUGCAUCACUUGGAAAAAUCAACGUAGAAAAAAUGAAUAUAGAAAAUAUUUAAUAUUUACGAAUAAUCGAAGAUGAUUAUAUUGACGAAAACAUAUAUUGACGAAAUUGCAAGACCGAUUAAAUUAAACGAUUAGGCGAGUGCAAUUUUAUCAUUUUAUUUUUCCUACAGUAUAAUCAAAAAUAUAUUAUAUUUAUCUAUUAAACAAGAAAAACAGUGAACGGUUAUCGGAAUGACCUGCCUUUUGAUACGAAAUCUGGACUCAUUAACGUAAAAAAUUAGAAUAAAAAUAUUGCGUGUUUAGGUUCUCAACGUGAAUGUACGUCACUUUAUACGUUGAAAUCUAUGAGGAUAUACAUAAGAAAUCUUGCAUAAGAGUACAUUAGCUUUAACAGUGAAAAAAAUGUAUAAAACUUCAAGCUAGAAUGUCGAAAGAAGGUGCCCUUGGUUGACCUCUAAAGCGAAGGUUCUCAAUCAAACGUAAAUGCGUACAUGCAUGAUUCGUUCGGAUAUAUGCUACGUGCCAGCUGAAUCGUAUUACACAUAACGGACUACAUAUUACUCUUUUACUGGUCAAUAUGUCGUCACUUCCACGGAAUUCCACCAAUGAACGCUUACCAGUGUUCUCUCGAAUGAAACCGAUUACCACGUGGUGCAAUCCAGUGACGUAGCAAUCUGGAAUUUCAAAAGAAUAUGGUCAUUCUUUUUCAUUGAAAACGAACAACAAAUUUAUCAAAAAUAUGUAAUGUAGAUUUAUUUUAAACAUUUAUUUCAUAUAUAGUUUUCAAAAGUAACACUUCCGCAUACUAUUAUCAUACUCUUAAAUCUCUUUUUUU